GGGUCAAGUUUGAAUAUAAAAGUCAGAUAGAAGAGUUCAUUCUUUGCAGAAGCGCUUUGACAAAACGCAAACAUGCUCAGGUUUCUGGUCUUGACGAGUCUCGCUGCCUUGGUGCUGGCUGAGCUGGAGCCCCAGCCCAGGUACCUGAUGGAAAACUUUGGGAGGGUUGUUGGAGGUGAGGUUGCCAGCCCCAAUGCYUGGCCCUGGCAGAUCUCUCUUCAGUACCAAUCUGGCAGCAGUUUCUACCACACCUGUGGCGGAAGCCUGAUCCAAAGAGGCUGGGUUAUGACUGCUGCUCACUGUGUGGACAGCCCCAGGACAUUUCGUGUGAUUCUCGGUGAACAUGACCUCAACGUCAACAGUGGCAGAGAGCAAGUCAUCGCUGUCAACCAGAUUUACAUCCACCCCCAGUGGGACUCUAACAGAGUGUCUAAUGGCUAUGACAUUGCUCUUCUGAGACUGUCCUCUGAGGCCAGCCUGAACGCCUACGUCCAGCUUGCCCCUCUGCCUCCCUCUGGCCAGAUUCUGCCUCACAACAACUUCUGCUACAUCACUGGCUGGGGUCGCACUGCCACCGGUGGUAGCCUGUCUGCUCAGCUCAAGCAGGCCUACCUUCCUGUAGUGGACCACCAGACCUGCUCCAGGAGUGACUGGUGGGGCAGCACCGUGAAAACCACCAUGGUGUGCGCUGGAGGUGCAGAUGAGGCUGGAUGCAAUGGUGACUCUGGUGGUCCUCUGAACUGCCAGGUCAAUGGCCAGUACUACGUGCACGGUAUUGCCAGCUUUGUGUCAGGAUAUGGAUGCAAUUAUCCCCAGAAGCCCACUGUCUUCACCCGUGUGUCUGCCUACAUCGACUGGAUAAACUCAAUCUUGUAAUAAGUGUUGGAGCACACAAAGGCAGGUCAUGUUUGGCAUCAACUGAACCUACAAUCUUGUUUAAAAAAAUAAACUUGAUUAAAACCUUG